CUGCGACAGCUGAUUUUUGUUUUGGUCGUAGGAAUACGACGCACAAUAACUUUACGAGCAAGUUCGACGAACGGUGUUUGUAGUGCAUUAUUUUUGACUUGAUAUGGCUGCAAAAAACAUUUCAUUCACAAAGGAAAUGCGUGUGGCAACGAGGGAUAUCCACUAUGUCAGUGAUGCCUUGGUGAACGCUAAACUUGCAUUUGCCCUCUAUGAUAAUAGUGUUUGGGCGGAAGGACUGCUGAUAUUCUAUGAAGUUUUCAAAUACUUAGAGCAACAUGUCCCGCAUGAUUUUCUACCGGAAGAGUUACAUCGAACCGAACAAUUUGAGCAGGAUCUUCGAUACUAUCUGGGUCCUGGGUGGAACGUGAAGUAUCAGCCCCGCAAAGAAGUUUGCGCCUAUAUCAAACACUUGGAGGAAAUUGAGCGUGAAAAUCCUAACUUGCUAGUGGCUUACGUUUACCAUCUUUACAUGGGUCUGCUGUCGGGAGGACAAAUUUUACAAAAAAGAAGAAAUUUUUCGAAAAAGUUUAAUCCUUUCUCCAGCAGUCAAGAUACCCCACAAGGGAUAGCCUUAACCACUUUCGACGGAUUAAGUAUUUAUGAACUGAAACAAAAGAUGAGAAAAACCAUUGAUGAGUUCGGGGAAAGUUUAGACGAGGACACCAGAAAGCAACUAGUAGAAGAGAGUAGGAAAGUGUUUGAGCUGAACAACGAAGUCAUACGAACAGUCAAGGGAGUAAACCAGGCGAAUGUAAAAAUAUUGUUAUACGUAGUGCUUCUGAUAGUGGCAUAUUUAAUAUUGAAACUUUUGUAUUAAAUGGAAUGUUAGUGGGUUUGAAAAAUGAGAAUUUUGUGAUUUAGGUAUAUUCAUAGUAAUUUAGUGAUUUUAUCCAAAAUGUAUGAAAAAAAUGACAGUUUAGAAAAUUUAAUUGAUAGAGUGAGUCAAACUAGACUCAAUCUGCGUGUAUGUAUGAUUUUUUCCCUUCUAAUCUCUUCCUUGCCACCAUUCAAAUGCAUUUGUUAUCGGCAAUGCACAUGAAUCUACCUUCCCGCUCAUCAAUAACUUGCGUUAAUAUGGUCUUUUGCGUUGGCUUAGAUCGUUUCAUACUAGAAACGAAAAAAAAGUCAUUGCAAUAGUGCACAGGAAACAACUCGAUUUCAACUAUCUACCGACGGCGCCAGUGGUUGUGUGGUUAGCGUAACAGCCUCACAAUCCGAUCGGCCUGGGUUCAAUCCCAGCUGGCGUCGUUGGGAUUUUCUGAGGCGAAAAAUCUCUGGUUACGUCUUCCUUCGGAAGGGAAGUAAAAGAAGUUGGCCCGGCUCAUGAGUUGUUGAGUCUGAUAGGUAGGAACAGGUGGAGUCGCCUCCCUGAUGUCGGUGAUUGGCACUAAAGUGGCGGAAAUAUGCCGACGUAAAACAAGCGAAGAUAAAAAAAAAAAAAACUAUCUACCUAUAUUUCACUGCCGCGAUCGAGGCUUCAAUGAUUACUAUUUGAGUGAAAAACGAAUGAUUUUACAGAAGUUUCCAAUUUGAUUCUCUCACCAUCUAACGCCAUUCCGAGAGGCAAAUGAUAGAAUGCAAUAUUCUCUGAGAUGAGCGGAAUGGAGACAGUAUUUUUCCGUUUAACUCGAGAAUGAACUUUGCGAAGAUGAUAGGUGAAUGUUUUCUGUCUCAAAUAAAGGCAUAAACGGAGAAUAGAA